AAAGUGAAACUGUUUCUCUUUCAGCCUCGACUCCAUUUUGAGGAGCGGUUGAAAAAGAAAGACGAACUUCAACACCAGGUAGAAACGGCGAUAUUAAUGUCAGACAAAAUGGACUGUUGGUUAAGAAUGUAAUUCAUCCCAGAGGUCAGUGACAGCUGUGUGUCCAUGAGCUGUAUGCAAAUACACUAAUAUUCAAAAAUGGAGAGCCCUGAGCUGAACACAGAUAAUGUGACCCCACCUUCAAAAAAGUGUAAACUCCAGGGAAAGAUAUCAGACUCACCUGAACCCAGCUGUGUCUCCAUGAAGAGUGAUGCGUCUAUGGAUCCUCCUUGGUACUUUAAGAAUGGAAACCCCUUGUCUGUACACAGUAAACUCCAGAGAAAGAUAUCAGACUCACCUGAACCCAGCUGUGUCUCCAUGAAGAGUGAUGCGUCUAUGGAUCCUCCUUGGUACUUUAAGAAUGGAAACCCCUCGUCUGUACACAGUGUUCUACAGAAGUCAGGAGACAGAAGAGAAAAGAACAUCAUCACAGCUACAGGACACGACCCAGAACCUGCUGCUGUAAAUGACGUCCAGAAAAAGUUCAAAUUAAAUCUGGUGAAGAAGUUUCAGUGUUUAAAUGGAGUGAUGAUAAACCCGGAAAACCGAACACUCCUAAAUGAGAUCUACACAGAGCUGUACAUCACAGAGGGAGACAGUGGAGACGUCAAUAAAGAACAUGAGGUGAGACAGAUCGAGGCAGCAUCCAGGAGAACAACAACAGAGGAAACACCAAUCAAAUGCAAUGACAUCUUUAAGCCGUUAUCUGAUCAAGACGAACCCAUCAGAACUGUGCUGACAAAGCCCUUAUCUAAAAAAGACAAACCCAUCAGAACUGUGCUGACAAAGGGAGUCGCUGGCAUCGGAAAAACAGUUUCUGUGCAGAAGUUCAUUCUGGACUGGGCUGAAGGGGAAGUAAAUCAGGACGUCCAGCUCAUGUUUCCACUUCCUUUCAGAGAGCUGAAUUUGAUGAAGGACCAGAAACUGAGUCUGAUGGAGCUCCUUCAUGUCUGUUUUAAGGAGACAAAAGAAACAGAAAUGUACAGUUUGGAAAAGGUUCUGUUCGUUUUUGACGGAUUGGACGAGUAUCGUUUUCCUCUGGAUUUCCAGAACACAGAGAGAGUGUGUGAUGUAACUGAAUCAGCAUCAGUGCAUGUGCUGCUGAUAAACCUGAUCAAAGGGAAUCUGCUUCCCUCUGCUCUCAUCUGGAUCACCUCCCGACCAGCAGCAGCUGAUCAAAUCCCCUCUGAGUGUGUCCAUCGAGUCACAGAGGUACGAGGGUUCAAUGACCCACAGAAGGAGGAGUACUUCAGGAAGAGGAUCAGUGAUCAGAGCCUGGCCAAUAACAUCAUCACACACCUGAAGUCAUUAAGAAGCCUCUACAUCAUGUGCCACAUCCCAGUCUUCUGCUGGAUUUCAGCCACUGUUCUAGAGAGAAUGUUGGAUGAAGCAGAGAGUGGAGAGAUGCCCAAGACUCUGACUCAAAUGUACACACAUUUCCUCAUCAUUCAGACAAACAUCAUAAGAGAAAAGUACUCGAAGAAGCAGGAGAGUGAUGAAGAAAUGCUUCUCAAACUGGGACAGGUGGCUUUUCAGCAGCUGAUGAAAGGCAACCUGAUCUUCUAUGAGGAAGACCUGAGAGUGUGUGGUAUUGAUGUGAGAGAAGCAGCAGUGUACUCAGGUGUGUGUACUCAGAUCUUCAGAGAAGAGUUUGGGCUUCACCCGAGUAAAGUGUACAGCUUUGUUCAUCUGAGCAUUCAGGAGCAUCUCGCAGCUCUGUAUGUGCACCUGACAUGCUUGAAGGAAAAGAGAAAUGUUCUUGAACAGAGUCAGGACUUUAAGACAAUUUCAGAUGUCCACAAGAGUGCUGUAGAUCAGGCCUUAGAAAGUCAGACUGGACAUCUGGAUCUUUUCCUUCGCUUUCUUCUGGGUCUCUCACUGGAGUCCAAUCAGAAACUCUUACAUGCCUUAGUAACACAUACAGAAGGUAGCUCCCAGAGCAAAGAGGAAGCAGUUCAGUACAUUAAGAUGAUGAUCAGUAAGAAUCCCCCUGAAGAGAAAUCCAUCAAUCUGUUCCACUGUCUGAAUGAACUGGGGGACAAUUCUCUAGUGGAGGAAAUCCAACGUUACCUGAAAUCUGGAAAACAAAGAAAGUUCUCUUCUUCACAGUGGUCUGCUCUAGUGUUUGUCUUACUGACGUCAGUACAGGAGCUGGAGGAAUUUGACCUGAGUAAAUAUACCAGUACAGAGAACAUAACCGCUUUGGUUCUUGUGAAGGUGAUGCCUGUGAUUGCAGCAGCCAGAAAAGCAAUCAUUCAGCAUGUAACACUUAACGAGAAACACUGUGAAGCUUUGGCCUCUGUACUCAGCUCUGAAUCCUCCAGACUAAGAGAACUGGAUUUGUCAGAGAGUAAACUAGGAGACUCGGGAGUGCAGUGGCUCUCUGCUGGACUGAAAAAUCCUCACUGUAAACUGGAGGCACUAAGGUUGGUGUUUUGUCGUAUCUCAGAUGAAGGCUGUGCUUCUCUGAUGUCAGCUCUAAGAUCAAACCCCUCACACCUGAGAGAACUGAAUCUGUCUCAGAAUAAUCUAGGAGACUCAGGAGUGAAGUGUCUCUCUGCUGGACUGGAGAAUCCUCUCUGUAAAAUGGAGAUACUGAAGUUGUGUGGUUGUGGUGUCUCAGAUGAAGGUUGUGCUGCUCUGACUUCAGCUCUGAGAUCAAACCCCUCACACCUGAGAGAACUGGAUCUCUCUGAGAAUAAACUACAAGACUCAGGAGUGAAGUGUCUCUCUGCUGUACUGGAGAAUUCUCACUGUAAACUGGAGAUACUGGGGUAAGAUCAUCUCUCUUGUUAGUCACAUGACCUGCUCCUCAGUAAGACACAUUCUCUAAUAGUGAGACUGAAGCAGAGGUUUUAGGUUCAUCAUCAAUGUCCUGAGGAGUAAGAUUGUUUUUUUUUCACUGCACACUGAUGAUUUGUCACAGACACCUGUUAAACCCUUGAUAAAAUCAGGGGUUUUUCUGCUGUAAAAAAUUGUUGUUGGACUGUCUAGUAGGCCAGCCUAGAGGAGAGAUUUUCACUGACUGACUGACAAGUCCCAUUGAAUGGUGUAUGCGCAAGGAGUCCAGCUAAGCCACCCGCAACUCACCCCAAGUAACAGCACAUUUUCGAUAUAAUCCUUACACAAAUCAAACCCUCUGAUGUCCCUCCUGAAACCAUGAAUGGUUAUUGUCCAUUACAGGAAAACUGUGUUCACACCAUUUGCACUUUGGAAGAGUAACUAAAAAUUUUUAGAUUGAGAUUAUUGAGAAGAAUCUGUUGCCAUCCACCAGGAUGAUGAUGAGACGUGGGUGGACCUGCCAGCAGGACAACGAUCCAAAGCAUACAGCAAAGGAAACUCUCAGUUGGUUUCAGAGAGAAAAAAAUCAAGUUGUUAGAAUGGCCCAGUCAAUCACCUGACUCGAAUCCAAUUGAACAAGAUUUAAAGAUGUUUAGAAGAGCGGACCAAAAUCACACCUGAAUACUGCGGCCCAUUAAUUUCUUCAUACAGGAAGUGUCUUGAAGCCAUCAUUACAAACAAAGGCUUCUCCUCUAAGUAUUAAAUAGAUUUCAGUUUAUGUGUUCAAUGCUUUUUUCCUGUGUCAUUCCGCUUUAUUACACAUAACUUCAUUUAUGGACUUUAAUGUUGUGAAUUCUUUAUAUUUCAUGAUUUCUUGAGUUAAUACCAAAGUCUUUUGAAAAUCUCAUGUGAAUAGCCUCAUUGGAAAUAUAUUUACUGAAAAAAAUGUGACCCGUCCAAUACUUAAUUCCCCCACUGUAUGAUUGUGUGAUGUAAUAAACAUCUACUAUGAAAUACAUACUAUGAAAGACUCUUUUAACUACUACAUUUUUGUUAAUAAAGCUCUCUAUAUUUUUUGGUAGGAUGUAUUUAAUUAAGCUGUGUUUAAUGAAGCUGAAAGACUGAAAUGCAUUUUCUACACUCCCUUGCUGAAGGGCCAUAACCCAUAAUAUGCACAAAUAUUCCGCAGAGUAGAUGGUGUGACCACAGUGCAGGUCAGCAAAGCAAACCGCAACCAAAGGGCUGUUUAAUGGGAGGGGGGUUUCCCUAGUCAAAUUCUUUAGCCCUUUCUAACGAAAACCAAAAGACUUCUUGACUAUUUUUAGGUGAAAUAUUUCAGCGGAAUUCCUAAUAAAAAUAGGUAAUUGAUGUUAUUCUUUUUUUUAACGUUAAUUGUCCUCAAAGUAAAUGCUUUACACUUGACAUUAUAUCUUGGUUAUGUAUCUCUUUAUUGAUGAAGAGUGUGUCAUUGUGUCUCUGCAGGUUGCAGUAUUGUGAUAUCUCAGGUGAAGGCUGUGCUGCUCUGGCUUCAGCUCUGAGAUCAAACCCCUCACACCUGAGAGACCUGUAUCUGUCUCAGAAUAAACUAAGAGACUCAGGAGUGAAGCGUCUCUCUGCUGUACUGGAGAAUCCUCUCUGUAAACUGGAGAUACUGGGGUUGCGUUAUUGUGGUGUCUCAGAUGAAGGCUGUGCUGCUCUGACUUCAGCUCUGAGAUCAAACCCCUCACACCUGAGAGAACUGUAUCUGUCUGGGAAUAAAAUAAGAGACUCAGGAGUGAAGUGUCUCUCUGCUCCGAAGAAUGACGAGCAUUACAAACUACAGACACUGACGGUGUGACGAACAUCUGUGUGUGAUGAAAACUCCUGUGUUCCUGCAUUUCCAUGUUGGGGAAUAGACAACACAAUUAUAAACAAAGUCAGUCUCCGUUGUGACCCAUUAAACAGACAACGGGAAGUGUCUAGAGCUGCAACAACUAAUCUAUAAUAAUAAUCGAUUAUUAUUGCUUGCUUUCCUCCGGGUACUCCGGUUUUCUCCCCCAGUCCAAAGACCUGCAUGGUAGGCUGGUUGGCAUGUCUAAAGUGUCCGUAGUGUAUGAAUGGGUGUGUAUGUGAUUGUGCCCUGCGAUAGACUGGCACACUGUCUAGGGUGUACCCUGCCUUGUGCCCGAUGCUUCCUGGGAUAGGCUCCAGGUUCCCCGCCACCCUGAAAAGGAGUAAGCGGUAGAAGAUGGAUGGAUGGAUUAUUAUUGCUAAUAAUCGAUUAUGAAAAUCGUUGUCAACGAAUCUCAUUAUGCAUUGUGUACUCUACCGUCUAGUGCAGGGGUGUCAAACUCAUUUUAGUUCAGGGGCCACAUACAGCCUAAUUAGAUGUCAAGUGUGCCAGGCCAGUAAAAUCAUAGCAUAAUUACCUAUAAAUAACAGUAAAUCCAUGUUUUUCACUGUGUUUUCAUGCAAAGAAGUACAAUACAUUAGGAAAAUCUUCAUAUUUAAUGAAAUAUCCUUUUACAAAACAUAUCAUGAACAACCUCAGAUUUCUUAAGACAAAAAUAUGCAAUUUGCAUUUGAUUAUCAUUUACAUGUGUGCAGUACAACUGGUCAGUGUUUGUACAAAUGCAAAACACUUUAAGUCACAGGUAUUUGGAACUGAAAAGUAUAGUAUUGCGCUUUAAAAUUUAUGGCUUGGCAUGAACAAUAGGAUUCCACCAAACCAAACUCUUUUGUAGUGAAGCUGUUGACUAAUAUUAAAUUGCACAUUUUUUAACUAUUACCCAUUCAUCUCUGCGAAUAAAUAUGAAGCGGUUAAUUUUUCUUGGAAAACUCUA